AUCUUCUUCCUUUGCCGACAGAAAAGGUCACUAAAAGUCUCAGGGCCACCAUCGUCCAAUGGUCCAUCCCCUGCAUCAUCCCAUGGUCCAUCCCCUGCAUCAUCUGAGCUGACUGUAACGACGAGAAUCACAAGGUUUACUUACUCACAAGUCACAACCAUGACUAAAAACUUCCAAAGAGUCAUCGGGGAAGGAGGGUUUGGAAGCGUUUAUCUUGGUUUUGUCAAUGGUGCCGAACAAGUAGCUGUGAAGGUCCUCUCUCAUUCAUCUUCGCAAGGAGAUAGAGAGUUCAGAGCCGAGGUUUUAUUUUACUCUUAUAUACGUACUUACCCUCGCAAACUUAGUCUCUUUCAUGAAAACGUCCAUGGUUUAACUACACAUAAACUCUGGUUUGGUGUUUAAGUACAGCUACUUCUCAGGGUUCAUCACAAGAACUUGGUUGGCCUUGUUGGGUACUGUGACGAGGGAGAGAAUCUGGCACUCAUAUAUGAGUAUAUGGCCAAUGGAGAUCUAAAAGAACAUAUGUCAGGAAGAACACGUAAUAACUUUAUCAUGAGCUGGGAAAAUAGACUUAAGAUAGCGACCGAGACUGCACAAGGAUUAGACUAUUUACAUAGCGGAUGCGCUCAGGCAAUAGUACAUAGAGACGUCAAGACAACAAACAUUUUGUUGAAUGACCAUUUUGAAGCCAAGCUGGCUGAUUUUGGACUUUCAAAGUCAUUCCCAGACAGAGGUGAAAGCCAUGUGUCAACGGUUGUUGCUGGAACUCCGGGGUAUCUAGAUCCAGAGUAUUACAAAACAGGAUGGUUGACGGCUAAAAGCGACGUAUACAGUUUUGGAGUCGUACUGUUGGAGCUGCUCACAAACCAAGCUGUAGUUGACCAAAGCCGUGAAAAGCAUCAUAUUGGAGGAUGGGUAGGAGCAAAGCUUACCAAUGGAGACAUGAGCAGCAUCGUGGAUCCAAGGCUCGAUGGAAAUUAUCAUUCUGGCUCUGCAUUGCAAUCUAUUGAGUUAGCCAUGGCUUGCCUAAACCCAUCUUCCUCGGAAAGACCGACCAUGUCCCACGUUGUUAAUGAAUUAAAGAAGUGUUUGCUCGCGUCUCAACUCUCAACUCUCAACAAGGACAGUUCCAUACAUACUGAAAUUGAAGUUACAUGAUGUGUUCAAUUUUCUCUACAAACUAUAUAUAUAUAUCUUUAAAUUAUGUUCAAACCCUACCAACUUUGUCUUAA